AUGGCGUAUCUACAAGCCCAAUCGACCCCGCCUCCAGCUGCGGCCGUGCCGGCGUCGCACUUUCCCCAGCGACUCCGCAAUCUUUUUCGGUUCUCGCUCAACGCGGGCCAGCACGACACCGCCGUGCCUUCUGCCGCAACCCCGCCGUCGUCUCCGCCGUCGACGCAGACCUCUGAAAAGCCAGACCUGCUGCCUCCUCCGCCGAAGAAUCGCUUCGCGCGUUUGCGUUCGCCAUCCAACCCGAACCCUCGCGCUGUCUCCUCGACGCCGAAUUCAUUGCCGUCCUCUGCCCACCAGACGCCUCCUGCUGCUCCUUCGCCUCCUCAGACUCCUGCCGUAGCCCUGGGAGCCCAGCCAAAGUCGUACUUGCCCGGACAAGUUGUGAAACGGCUGCGUCGGGUCGCCUCUGCUCCCAACGGCCUGCAGAAGCUCGAAGAGCAGCAGCAGAGCUCGUUCCCGCAAGAUGCCACUCCGAAAGAGUCGGACGAGCCGCCCCAGACUCCUGGUCCUCUGACCGCCCCCUACCCGCACCAGUCGUCGCCCGCACGGACAGACUACUUUGGUGACAAGAUGGUGCCGCCAAGUAUGCCCACGUCGUUCCGCAGGACAUACUCUUCCAACUCAAUUAAGGUUGGCAGCGUCGAGGUUGGACCCCAGAGCUUUGACAAGAUUAAACUGCUGGGGAAGGGUGAUGUAGGAAAAGUGUAUUUGGUUCGAGAGAAGAAAAGCGGAAGGCUGUAUGCCAUGAAGGUGUUGUCGAAACGAGAGAUGAUCAAGCGCAACAAGAUCAAGCGCGCGCUUGCCGAGCAGGAGAUUCUCGCUACUGCAAAUCACCCGUUCAUUGUCACUUUGUACCAUUCGUUCCAGUCGGAUGAGUAUCUAUAUCUGUGCAUGGAAUAUUGCAUGGGAGGCGAGUUUUUUAGAGCCCUGCAAACUCGCGCCGGGAAAUGCAUUGCUGAAGAUGACGCCCGUUUCUACGCGGCCGAGGUCACAGCUGCUCUUGAGUAUCUCCAUCUGAUGGGCUUCAUCUACCGUGACUUGAAGCCAGAGAAUAUUCUGCUCCAUCAAUCAGGGCAUAUCAUGCUCUCGGACUUUGAUCUUUCGAAACAGUCGGAUUCGGGUGGAGCGCCGACUAUAGUAGGAAGCCACACCGGCCGAGGAAAUGGCCAGCACAAUAUGCCUGCUAUCGACACGAAGGCCUGUAUCGCCGAUUUCCGGACAAACUCGUUUGUCGGGACGGAAGAGUACAUUGCUCCAGAAGUUAUAAAGGGUAACGGACAUACCUCUGCGGUUGACUGGUGGACGUUGGGUAUCUUGGUGUACGAGAUGCUGUACGGAACGACGCCGUUCAAGGGCAAGAACCGGAACGCGACGUUUGCGAAUAUUCUCAAGCAUGACGUGCAGUUUCCUACCUACCAGCCAUCAGCGUCGUCGUCCGGUGGCCAGUCCCAGCCGAUUUCCAAUGUGUGCAAGUCCCUGAUCCGCAAGCUGCUGAGCAAAGACGAGAACCAGAGAUUGGGAUCGCGCGCCGGCGCAUCGGAUGUCAAGGCGCAUCCGUUUUUCAAAAACACUCAAUGGGCGCUGUUGAGAAACAGCACGCCGCCGAUGAUCCCCACACCGGGUGAGGGCGUGGAGGCUGUGAAUUUCCGCGCGCUGAAGGACAGCCAGAGCAUGGACAUUGGCAAGAAGCAAAACGGGACGACGCCGAACGGCAACAAGGGCUCGCUCGACGAGCUUUACGAUCCGUUCCAGGAGUUUAACUCAAUCACCCUGCAUCAUGACGAUGAGUACGGAUACAUGGACGCAUCCUACGGCUCUCAAUCCUCGUCACCUGUACCAUUCAAAUCAUCAAACUAG